AUGGAGUCACGGCCGUCUGGAGGCUCCAGGCCCGCGGAGCCGGGGCCUCGCUUGCUCGGCUUGCGCGGCGCGGACGCGGCGGCCUCGGCCUCCUCGCUGAGCCGCUUCGGGGCCGAAGCUGGGUGUCGCGCGCCGGCUGUGGCGGCCGUGUUGCCGGCGGGGGGUAGCGGGGAGAGGAUGGGCGUCCCCACCCCGAAGCAGUUCUGCCCCAUCCUGGAGAGGCCGCUCAUCAGCUACACCCUGCAGGCCCUGGAGAGAGUAUCUUGGAUAAAGGACAUUAUUGUGGCAGUAACUGGAGAGAACAUGGAAACAAUGAAAGGAAUUAUUCAGAGGUACCAGCAUAAACGUAUCUCACUGGUUGAAGCUGGAGUGACCCGCCACAGGUCAAUUUUUAAUGGUCUGAAAGCACUGGCAGAGGAUCAGCCCAACUGUAGACUCUCAAAGCCAGAAGUAGUGAUCAUCCACGAUGCUGUGAGACCAUUUGUUGAGGAAGAUGUCCUCCUCAACGUUGUCACAGCUGCUCAGGAACAUGGGGCCUCGGGAGCAAUCCGACCUCUUGUAUCUACUGUCAUCAGCCCGUCUGCAGACAGCUGCUUAGACCACUCACUGGAACGUGCCAGAUACAGGGCAAGUGAAAUGCCACAGGCCUUUCUAUUUGAUGUGAUCUAUGAAGCAUAUCAGCAGUGUAGUGACUAUGACUUGGAAUUUGGAACUGAGUGUUUGCAUUUGGCUCUAAAAUACAGUCAUAUCAAAGCAAAACUCGUGGAAGGAUCCCCUGACCUCUGGAAGGUGACCUACAAACGAGAUCUGUAUGCAGCUGAAUCAAUUAUUAAGGAAAGAAUUUCACAACAAGUUUGUGUAGUUAUGGACACAAAAGAAGAUGAAGAACAUGUAGGUCGUUGUCUUGAAGAAAUGCUAAAAAUGGAAUUAAAUCAUGUACAAGUCACAUCUGGCCAAGAUCUUCAGCAAAUCAUCUUAGAGCAAUGCUACAAUUUUGUUUGUGUGAAUGUUAUGACCUCUGAUUUUGAAGAAACCCAGAGGUUACUGAAUAUGCUGGAAGAGAGUAAUCUUUCCAUUUUAUACCCUGUUGUGGUUAUUUCAGUGCAUUUUCUUGAUUAUGAAUCAGUACCAUUCGGUCAGAAAAUGGGAAAGGUAAUGCAGAUUAGAGAGUUUGCCAAGGAAGCGAAAAAAGGAAAUAUUUUAUUAUUUGGCCUUCUCAUAUAUUUCCCACAGGAGGAACAGAAGCUACAAGAAAGUUUAAGGCAAGGCGCCACCAUUAUUGCUGCCUUAAUCAAAGAAAGAAAUUCUGGACUCAUUGGUCAACUACUGGUAGCAUAAAGAACAUGGAGGAAAUUACCUUCUGUGUUCUUAGAAACAUUCACCUAAGUAUUUCUUUUGUGCUUUCCUCUGAAUUGUAUAUGGUAGAAUGUUGAAGUUGUCUCUUAUAAUUUGUAGGAUGUGAUGCUUAGGUGAACUUAAAAACAUUUUUAUGCGUGCCAAAUAUAAAUUCCCUAAAUUGGAAAAGAACAAACAAGUGGAAAAUAAUGGCCUUCACAUGAAGAAUCUUCUCACAAAGGCAUGAAAGGGUAAAAUAGAAAUAAUGAGUAGUCA